AUGGCUUUUGAUCCAGGCCGAUUUGGCAAGAAGGCCAUUGUAACAUCCACCACCAUCUCACGACAGAAAACCGCCAGCCUGCCCGCCAUGUGCCUCUCGAGUCGCGAGCGACCCUUCUACGGAAUCUCCCAAUUCCCGUCCAUCGUUUCCAGAUUUAACGUCGCCGAAAUGGCCAAUCAGUGCUCGGGUCAUGUCUUCGUCAUCGUGCAGGCAACAAACGGGAAUAUCCUUACCUGGCGAUGCUCGGACUGCAACAAUGGGCCAUUCGUUGCGAUCUGGCGCUGCAAGAUCUGUAACCACUGUCGCUGCAACUCCUGCCACACCGCCAAAGGCUAGAGGGAGUCACGUCACGUCACGUCACGGAUGCG